CGAGCUCAGGGGAGCGGGACCGGGGGGGCGGGUGCGGGCGGGGAAGGGCCGGCCUGGCGCCGCGAUGGAGGUGAGACCCGCGGGGCUGCGAGAGAAACGAUUACAAAAAGAACUAUUGGCAUUUCAAAAUGAUCCACCUCCAGGAAUGACUCUAGAUGAAAAGAGUGUACAAAAUUCAAUUACACAGUGGAUUGUAGACAUGGAAGGUGCUCCAGGAACACUAUAUGAAGGGGAGAAAUUUCAGCUUUUAUUUAAGUUUAGUAGUCGGUAUCCUUUUGAUUCGCCUCAGGUCAUGUUUACUGGAGACAAUAUUCCUGUUCAUCCUCAUGUUUAUAGCAAUGGUCAUAUCUGUUUAUCCAUUCUAACGGAAGACUGGUCUCCAGCUCUCUCAGUGCAAUCUGUUUGUCUUAGCAUUAUUAGCAUGCUUUCCAGCUGCAAAGAAAAGAGGCGACCUCCAGAUAACUCAUUUUAUGUAAGAACGUGUAACAAGAAUCCAAAGAAAACAAAAUGGUGGUAUCAUGAUGACACAUGUUGAUGCCACCAUUUUGUGAUCCUCGUAGCAGAAGAUAGUCCUACUGAGAAAAUGAGCACUUUGAUCAUUCAGUCUUUGAACUUUAACCUUUGACUGGAAGUGACCUAUAGGCAAUGAAGACUACUUCCUUUGACUGCAUUUUUACUAGUGUGCAUUCUGGGCGCAUGUUGAUCGCUGGUUCAGUCCAUGCAACUGACAUGCUUUUAUUAGUCAUACAGUAUUAAUGCAGGUGUCCAGAAAUGUCAGAAUAAUUCCAUUAUUUUUAUUUUAAGCUUUUGGAAGAAUUCCAGGUCUUCAUAUAUUGUGCAAUAACACUGAGCUCCUUGGCGGUUUUGGUGCAUCCAUUGCCGGCAAUGGACAUUGUACCAGGGAAAGGUUUUGCUCCUGCCACAAAAAAGAUUGAUGCAUGACAGAGCUUAUGAAAGUUUUGGAUAUAUUUGGAUUAUAAGCAAGGGAUUGACAAUUACCUUAAAUCCAGCCCAUUCUUUUAUAUUUGGAUUCUAUGCACUGUGACCACAAAACUAGCAGCAUGAGUUAACAUGCCUAGCUGAAGGACUGUAAUAAGAUCGUUACAUAUUUAUUGAAUUGUUUAUCUGCUGUCAAAUUGUUUUGACAUGGGCGGCUUUUCAAGUGACAUUGGCAGAGAGGUACAAUGUUAUCCCUAUGGUGAAAUAAAACUACUUUUUGUAUAUAGUUAUUCAUAUCUCUGAAGCAAAGGUAUGAGUAAUUUAGGGUAUGAGUGAUUUAAACAAGAAUUUAUUUUGGAGAUAGAGGAUGGCAGUGAUAUAACUGAACUUGCUGCAGUCCGUAAUUGGGCUUGUAAUUUGUACUUUAGAGCUUUUUCCAAAUAGAUUGCACACUGUUAUUUCCUGCUAGCCAUCAGCAUGAGCCCUACUGCCUACACCAAUAUUUCAUUUAUUUAUGUGUUCGAAAGCAAUCCAUAUAACAUUUUUUGUUUGCAUUCACUGUUUCUUUUGUGUUGUAUGUCAUGUUUGAAUGUUACAAAACAAUAUUUUGAUUGAAAAGCUUUGUCAGAAGAUAUUUUCAUGUAAAUUAUUUCUUUAUCUUGUAAGCAUCAUCUUGUCUUUUAAUCCUGUACUAUAAAAAGAAAAAAAAAAUACAUUUUUGACAGAGGCUUAAAGUUUUCACAAAAAAGUGUGGACCUUCUUAUUUAAGUUUAGACUAAAGUAUAUUUUCUUAACUUGCUUGUCCCAUGCAGCCAUGGCAAUUUUUCCAGGCUUUUACUUCACCAAAAAAGGGGAAAAAGCCUAAAAUCAGACAUUUUUCUGUGGAGCAACAUUUAUUGAAAUGAUAGUUGUUCUCAGCACUCUGUAAUAUUUUGAUACUGCAAUUAGGUUGUCUUUUUAGGAAGCACUUUUAUAAACUUAAUACCUUUACACAUAUGCAAAAUUUCUAUAAUUUUUUUUACUGUUGCCUUAUUGUUGCACUCAAAAAGAAAUUCAAGCAAUUAAUGCAUGAAUGUCUAAAUCAAGUAGCUACUUGAUGUAAAAACAAACAAACAAAAGCAAAAAAAAAAUCCCUAAACCCAAUCCAGAAUGAAUUACUACAGUAAUAGAAAAUUGGCUGAAAAGACUGAUUUUUUUUUUAAUCUGCUGUAUGAUAACUGACAUGUUUUAUAGCCUUGUACAUACUUCUCUGUUACCUAUUGUUUAAAACAUUUUUAAAAAAAGUAUAGAUGCUAAACUCAGGGUGGAUAGAGUUCAGAUGGAUUUGCUUCAGAGGAGUGUUUUGUACAGCAAUAGGAUUAUAGAUACUGGCAGUGAAGUGAGGCUACAAUAAACUUCAGGAACUGCUAUUUUUUUUUCUACUGUACUGAAAAUAUCUCUUGGCCUUUAAAACUCAAUGGUAAAAUCUAGCUUUGGAUAUGAAUUUGAUGUGUGUAUAUAUUUUCACAAUGAGCCUUUGAAACAUAGAAUUCAGUUCAUUUUAGGAGCCAAAAAAAAGUAGUUUUAAACAAAUCAAAUACUUAUGCUCCAACUUUUUGUUUAGCAAAAUAUUAUUGUGAGUUCAUCAAACUGGUUACUUUUGGAAACAUUUCAUGUGGAGGAGCAGUAAUCUGAUACUUCGUCUGUAUAUUCAUGUUAACUGCUCUGUAUUAAUUGAAACAAUUGAUGCAUCUUUGAGAAAUUACUGUAUGAAUGGUUCAUAUAAUGAAUCCUAUCAAAGCAGUCUACAGGAAAGAGACCUUAAUGUGACACCAGGUAAUGUCUGAAGAAAUGGCUCAAGUAAAUCUCAGAUUCAGUUAUCUUUUUAUAUAGUAGCUUGUGAAACUACAAUACAUGGUUUCAUAGAAGCUUUAUGACAUACUGUAUUGUAUUUUGUCAAAGAUGGGUGUUGUAGUGCAAAGCAUUAUACGUUUUAUUGACCUGUGCUAUCACAUGGACUAUAGUGAAGUUAAAUAACCAAAUUUAUGCUGCUCUUUAAUAAACUACCCGCCCCCUAUAAUAUACUUAGAUCAAAAAAGUGCAAGGUAGAUUAGAAGAGAAUGUACCUCAGGUCUUUUAGUUUACAGUAGAAAUGCCUCCAUUGGUUCUCUUGUAGAUCUGUGGGUAAGUUUGCGUAUAUAUAGAGGGCCAAGGCAAAGCCUAUAUACCACUCAAGCCCUCAAAAUAAUGCAACUAUUCUGACAAUGCUAUGGUGUCCUGAAAUAGGGCUUGAAUUAGUUGAAGGUGCCAUCCUUUCCUAGGGUGACCCCGUGUAUGUAACUUCCUUUCACUUGGAAUUCCUGACAUGAAAUGGUUACGGAGUUGGCUUGAAACUAUCUUGCUUUUAUUUUGUGUCAAUAUUCAUGUUGUUAAACACUUUGUUUUGUGUUUAGUGUCUUUAUACUAUAACACAAUAAAUUCUUGUUUUAAAAUAGA